CUGCAUUCCUCUAAGUCUCUCUCUCUCUCUCUCAAUCUAUAUACAUAUACAUAUAUAUCUUGCAGUAUAUUAUAUAUAUUGCAUCCGCUAUGGGAAGCUUAAGCUUCAUCCUCGGAGUUAUUGGGAAUGUGAUUUCUAUACUCAUGUUCAUCUCUCCCGUAAAAACAUUUAAGCAGGUGGUGAAGAAGAAAUCAACAGAGAAUUAUAAAGGAAUCCCUUACAUAACAACACUGCUGAGCACCAGUUUGUGGACAUUUUACGGACUCCUCAAGCCUGGAGGUUUGCUGGUGGUCACUGUCAAUACUGUUGGAGCUGCUUUGCACGUUGUCUAUGUUCUCAUCUUUCUUGUCUAUGCCCCAAAAAACAUCAAGGUUAGGUCAGUGAAGUUGGUAGCAGCACUGAAUGUCGGGUUUCUUGGGGCUGUAAUAACUGUAACUCUGUUAGCUCUGCGAGGGGCGACUCACAUCACACUAGUCGGACUUCUAUGUGCUGGAUUAACCAUUGGCAUGUAUGCAGCACCUCUCUCCGCCAUGAGAACGGUGAUGAAGAUGAAAAGCGUCAAGUACAUGCCUUUUCUCCUCUCGUUUUUCCAGUUUCUGAAUGGCGCCGUGUGGUCCGCGUAUGCGGUGCUUGAGAAAGAUUACUACAUUGGGGUACCAAAUGGGAUCGGGUUCCUGUUGGGCUCAGCGCAGUUAAUUUUGUACUGGAUCUAUAAAAGUAAGACGAUGCCGGAAGAGUCGGAAGAGAGAAUGGAAGACGAGGGGUCGGCCCACCUCUUCAAAGGGGCCAUUCAAAUGCAAGGUAUUGAUGAAGAAACCAACAUGAAGAAUCGAAGUCUCAACAAAGGGAAUAGCCUUCCGAAGCCGUCUGUCGUUCGACAGUACAGCCAGAAAAUUGUCAAAACAAUUUCUUUGAGCCCAUAUGAGCUGCAAAAAGUCGCUGGAAACGAUGUAGAAGGUCUCAUGGAAAGUCGAUAGGGACAUGGGCUUCCAUUCCAUGCAAUGGCCCAAGGGUUUUCUAGUACUUGACACAUAGUGACCAUAUUUGUAGUAAAUACGUGCAAGACUUUUGAUGAGUUUUCAGCUGGACGCAUUUCUUCCGA